AUGGCAUUUUCUCGCCUUACAUCUGGUCAUCAACCUAGUUAUAAUGGAUACAGCAGCAAGAAGGGACAAUCCCAUCCAUUGGCUCUUUUCAUUGAUGUAGAAUCACCACCAUGUGUUCUGUAUGGAUCCGCCAUGGAAUCAUCGGGCGCUGUAUUGAGUGGACUUUUCACCGUGACCGUUAUUGAUCCCUACAGCAGUAACGAAGAGAAGUCUUUGAAAACUACAGAAUCCAAUGUCUCAGCUAAUACUAAGAGUUUAAAAAGAAAAAGUACAUUUGGCUCUGCACUUUCAUUGAAGUUGUCGAACUUAUCGGCUUCAACCUCAAACAUCUCUCCUUCGACUUCUUCUACGUCUCUGUCUCAUUCCCCAACGCCUGCCAAUUUAAGAAUAAUGGCUGGUUAUACUAAGAUCACAAUCACUUCGGUGACCUUGACUUUAGUGCAAAAGGUUCACUUUCAUAAGCCCUUUGUUCCCAAUGUUUCCUCCAUGCAAACCUGUAUGAAUUGUAAAACUAAGAUUACAAAUAUGAAAAGUUGGGAAAUCCAGAAAAAUACACAGGAUGUUUCCGUCGGAAACCAUUCCUUCCCAUUUUCCUAUCUUAUACCAGGUUCUGUGCCAUGUUCUUCGUCUCUAGGGGCAGCAGCUGAAACUCAGGUUAAAUACGAACUUAUUGCUGUUGUAACAUACAUGGACCCCUAUAGAAAUACUCUCUCGUCCAGCCAUUCUACUUCGAGGAAAGAGGGAACUUCCCCAAAGAAUCAGUUGUUACAACUGGUGAUGCCCAUCGCUAUUACUCGAAGUAUACCGCGUGGGCCUGACAAAAAUUCUCUAAGGGUAUUUCCUCCCACAGAAUUAACUGCUGCUGCCGUUCUUCCUAAUGUUGUUUAUCCUAAAUCUACGUUUCCAUUAGAAAUGAAAUUAGAUGGCGUUUCCUCUGGUGAUAGAAGAUGGCGAAUGCGUAAAUUGAGUUGGAGGAUUGAAGAAACGACAAGGGUCAAAGGCCAUGCCUGCCCAGUACAUAAACAUGAACUGAGACAAUUAGAAGAGCAGGUUAAAUUAAAGGAAUCGGAAAAAUCUAAAAAGCCGCGUAGCCAUAUCAAGCGAUAUGGAGAACUGGGCCCACAAGUCCGAGUCGCUGUAAACUCCCUAGAAAAUAUGACAUCGCAAAGGCUGCCAGGAGAGCCUAACGAUGGACAGGUACCUGGAUCUUCGGGUCCAGUGUUAAGUAGUGACGUUGGACCGGAUAAUGAAAAUCCUGUUAAUGAGGACGAGGACGACCAACCUGGUAACGAAUUCAUUCACCCUAGCGAUGAUGCUCUACGUCAAGAAUUAUUAAUGCAACAACAGCGUGCAAGGCAACAACAACUUCAACAAGAGUUGAAAAACAAUAGUACUUUAUUUACAGAAGAAGUUCGGAUAAUUUCUAAGGGAGAAAUGAAAAGUGGUUGGAAGACAGAUUUUGACAAUAAUGGGAAGAUUGAGUUAGUUACGGAAAUAGGUUGUAUGGGACUUAACUCAGGAGUAUCUAAUCCGGUAAUGCAUGCAUCAACACUCAAAACCACCACCACCACGAGCAAUAAGAAAUCCAAAAUUAAUGUGGCUUGCGAUACACAGGACCCAAACUUGGGUUUAUAUAUAAACCACAUCUUAGCAGUGGAAAUAGUUGUUGCUGAAGAAACAUUGCAGUACGCAAAUGGACAACCUAUACGUAAACCAAAUUCCAACAACAAGAAAGAUAACAGUAUCGGCACAAUGAAUGUUCAUAAUUCUGACCAGCGUUUAGCAGAGCUUUCUCCAAUGUUUGCAAAUAGAAAUACGCCAAAAGUACGGCACAGGGAGCCCGAAGAUAUAACUCCCGUAAACAGCAACAAGUCCAACCAUAGUGUCAGCAAAGACAAGAUAAACAAUGGUGGUACCAACUGUAACAUUGUAAGUGUUCCCACCGGUGCUGCACGUGUCUUAAGAAUGCAAUUUAGAUUAACAGUCACUGAAAGGUCCGGACUUGGAAUUUCCUGGGAUGAAGAAGUCCCACCUAUUUAUCAAGAUGUAAAAUUGCUUUCACCACCAUGUUACGAGCUUUCUACAAGCAGAAAAACUAAAAAUAAAUUAUAUUCAACAAUGAGUACCCCAGUUGGAUUAGCAAAUGAUGUUGUCGGUAGUAGCGAUGACGAUGAGGGGAAUGAUGACAGUCAAGGGAGCGAGUCUGGUUCUAACAUGCAAGAAACAUCGAUCGCACAAAACAAAUUAACUAUACCGCCCACUGCGCACCACUACCAAUCUGCUUCAACUUCACAAAGAUCUCUUACUGCAGUACAGUCACCGCCGCUGGAAAGUGUUGUCAGUGUCCAGGGUAGUGUACCCUUUCGAGGACAAGUGUUGACACCUCAUAGCACGAGAGAUUACAGAAUGCAAAACUUUUCCGAUGUUUUAGAUUCUAAUAGAAUCACACAAUAG